AUGCCUCUUUUGCGAGCGUGGGAGGCGUUUCAGCCUGAUGGACGACUGGAGGUUUCGCUCUGCAAUACAUCCGGUCCAGAUGCGGAUGCCUCUUCUGUUAUUUAUUCCCUUCGUUCCUCACAUCCAUCGUACUUUGCAGUGAUAGGCGCGGAACUCCCUGAUGGGGUACUACUACCGGGUGAACGCCGCACUAUUUUGUUAGAAUUACGCCCAGAGAGUUUAAAAUGGUGGGGUAGUAGUGCAAACAGCAGUAGUAGUAAUUGGAAACAACAGACAAUGAAUAGCACAGGGACAGCAUUGGCGGAGAUAUCUCUCUGGGGACUUCCCAGUAUGCACAGUCAAACAAGUCCAACCAACAGUGCCCCUAUAUCCGUGAGGGAAUUUCAAUGGUCGCAGUUAUCACAGCCUUAUGCCUCAUCACCCAUUCAACAUCAAUUGCAGUCUUUUGGAAGGGUGAAUAGUAGUAAUAAUGAUAAUAAUACCUCACCUGCUGCUGCUGUUACUACGACUACUACUACUACUACUGCUGUUACUACUGCCCAAAAUAGUUGUAGUAAUAGAGAAGAAAAAAGUAGUGUGAUGCUGUUAGCAGAUUCUGAUGUAUACAAACCAAGACGUGUGGAAAAUACUAAAACGUUUAAGGAGUUAGGACCACCUAUGGAUCGUCAGCGGGAAGUAGAAAGAGCACAAGGUCUUAAUGAAAGUGUACAUGGAGAACAUAAUACAAGUGAUAGUAUAAAAUGUAUUACACCAUUAAAUCGCAGUCCACAACUUACAUCGGAAUCAUCUUUUACGGAAAAUACAAUUGUGGAGGGUAUUACACACACUGUUGAUACUCCUCGAGAUAAUAGUAUUCCUAGUACUACCAAAAGUGGAAGGCUUCCUUCAAGAGGACGUUAUAAUAAUGGAGAAAACACGGAUAGUGAUAUGGAUCAAGUGAAAGAUAGCAUCGAUAGUAAUAAAAAUAAUGUUUAUGAAUACGUAGAUACUCCAAUAUCUAUACAAGAGAGUAAUAAAGUCCUGUCAACAUGGAGAACAAGUGAUCCAUUGUCUGAAGCAGUACAUCAAAAUGAUAAAUCUAUAUCUGAUACGGAAUCUGCUGUACAUUCAACAACUCCUGUAAAAGACUUAAAAAGUCCAUCUAGGUCUGGCAGCCCUAAAGGUGAUCCAUACUUUUUUAUAUACUAUGAACGUCUUGGUGAUGAAAGUGGUUGUUUAAAUGCAGCUAAUAAAUGGUUAAAGACUGAACGGGUGAAAUAUCUUUCCUGGCAAGAAAAAUUACGUCAAAACAUGCAGCAACAAGGUGUUGAUGAAUAUAAUUGUAUACCACCUGCACUUGGUGAACCUGUACGAUGGCUUAGUAAUGUGAAGGGUAUUAAUGCACGAUCUGGAUCACUUUAUCAUGGCCGUAAACCAUACAGUCGCAGUUCUGCUAAAAUGUUUAAAUCCUCUCGUAAAGGUGGAGGUUGUGUUUUACUUCCUUCUCGUUUUAGUCGUUCUGCGGCUUUUGCAGCUCUUGCGACGGCGGCAACUUCUACUACUUCUGCUAUUCCAAAUGUACCGCAGGAUAAUGGAGUGGAGAUGUUGAGUAGUGGAUCUGAAAAGACCUCUCAAGAAGAGGAUGGUCGUGCUGGUCGUGCUGGACAGGGAUUGGCAUUAUUUGAUUUAUCUGAAACUAUUCAUAAACAGAACGGCAAGAAUUAUAAUAAUGGACGUACGAGUAUUGGUGGUUACACUGCUGAUACAAGACGACCUGGGGACGUUGGCGAUGUUUUCUCUCCAAAUAAUAAUAAUAAUCAUUCCAGUGAUCAACUGUCUACCUCACAGUUUUCGAAUGAAAACUCCUUAUUGACAUCUUCUCGGAAUGAACAGGCCUUGGAGGUAUCUCGGAAGUUACUGACGGGAUCGGAACUCACCGCGCAAUCACUUCCACAGUUUUCUCCAGCUACAGUUCCCACAACAUUUCAUCAUCGUACAGAGACGGAGGGAACUGUGCAAAUGUUAGAUCAAACCGUCCGUGGAGAGAGUAGUACGGAUUGUGUAAACAUAUCUCAAUCUCAUCUUCAGUCUCAUUCUUUCUCUACAAAUCACUCUCAGUCUCAGUCUCAAUCGGAGUCUCAGAAGGGAGGAGAAGUGUCAAGCAAGAAAUCGAAUGCUUUAGGCAGUACAACAACGUCCUCAACGAUGCAAGAAGUCCGCAAAAGUAAUUUCUUAGAAGGACUUAUGGGUAGUUUCUUAGGAUUCCCGCAGGAUAAUAACAAUAAUAUUAAUAUAACACCAAGAGAAAUAGAUGCAAUGUUGCCAAAGAGACGUCCAUCUACAUCUGUGGAUAAGGGACUUGGUAAUUCACAGGCGAGAAAAAGUUCUGUUCCAGUGUUGUCAAGACGAGUCUCAUCUCAGAUGAAUAGGAGAAGUGCACGAAUGUAUGAUUUACGCAUUGCUAAAUUAGCUGGAGCUAUUCGAUCCUUUCUCUGUAGAUCUGCCCCAUUACUUCAGACAGCCAUAGAUGGAGCUGUAACGACCUUUUCAAGUAGUGCACAACUUAUUGGGGGAUUACUAGAAGACUCUGCAGAUAUUCUUGUGGUUGUGGGUAUCCCUAUACUUCUACUCUUAUCACUAUCUCUUCUCUGGAUGGUGUUUGGUGGUAUGGGUGAUGAUGAUUAUAUUACCGUCAGCGCGAUGGGUCCUUUUGUAUAA